UAUUUUUUGUUCAGCAAAACAAAAAAUAAAAAAAAGUCACCCUUUGCUUCUCCUCGGGAAAUAGAAAGAGAAAAAUGGGAAUAUUUUAUUUUUGUUGUAUACGAAAAGGCAGAUAAGAGAAGAGAAAGAGAAAAUAGAAAGGGAGGAAGCAAUCCGCAGCAUCGAAAGCGGAAUCGGGAGCGGGCAAUGCUGGAAUUGGUUGGCUGUGAAUCCGAGUGAGAGAGAGUAUAUGGGGGGAGGUGGUACUCUCGUGGACGGAUUUCGUCGCUGGUCUCAUCGUCGCCAUUUUAUUACUUGUACUAGUGAUAACCAAAAUAAUAAUCAUAUUAUUCUCGAUCGCCAUGAUCAUUCCACUUCUAAUCUAACUCCGACUCAACAAGAAGAUAAAAACGAUCUCAUUGUUCAGGAUUUCAACUUUUCUUCCCUGAAGCUCAUCAAAGUUCCUAAGCGUAAUUACUUCCUUAUUACUUCCAUGGAUUCUCACAAAAAGGGUGCUCUUGAAACAGAAUUUUUCACCGAGUAUGGAGAGGCAAGUCGAUAUCAAAUUCAGGAGGUUAUUGGAAAAGGAAGUUAUGGGGUUGUUGGUUCUGCAAUUGACACCCACACUGGUGAAAAGGUUGCAAUAAAAAAGAUUAAUGACGUCUUUGAGCAUGUCUCUGAUGCGACACGGAUUUUGAGAGAAAUCAAGCUGCUGCGGUUGCUUCGGCAUCCGGUUAUCGUAGAAAUAAAGCAUAUUAUGCUCCCUCCAUCACGGCGAGAAUUCAGAGAUAUUUAUGUCGUUUUUGAGUUGAUGGAAUCUGAUCUUCACCAAGUAAUUAAGGCCAAUGAUGACUUAACUCCUGACCAUUAUCAGUUUUUUUUGUACCAGCUUCUUCGUGGUCUGAAGUAUAUACACACCGCAAAUGUUUUCCAUCGAGAUUUAAAACCAAAGAACAUCCUUGCUAAUGCUGAUUGUAAGUUGAAGAUAUGCGAUUUUGGGCUUGCACGAGUUUCAUUUAAUGAUGCCCCAUCAGCAAUUUUUUGGACUGACUAUGUAGCGACCCGUUGGUAUCGUGCUCCUGAACUCUGUGGAUCUUUUUUCUCUAAAUACACUCCUGCAAUUGAUAUAUGGAGCAUAGGAUGCAUAUUUGCUGAGAUGCUUACAGGAAAACCACUAUUUCCUGGAAAAAAUGUGGUGCACCAGUUGGAUCUCAUGACUGAUACACUAGGAACUCCUCCUGUUGAAAACAUAUCAAGGAUUCGGAAUGAAAAGGCAAGGAGGUACCUUAGUAGCAUGCGUAAAAAGAUACCAGUUCCUUUCUCACAAAAGUUCCCUAAUGUGGAUCCCCUGGCUCUUCGCCUACUUGAGCGCUUACUUGCAUUUGAUCCAAAAGAUCGCCCCACAGCUGAAGAAGCAUUAGCUGAUCCAUAUUUUUAUGGUUUGGCAAAUGUGGAUCGUGAACCAUCCACUCAACCUAUUUCAAAACUGGAAUUUGAGUUUGAGAGAAGAAAGCUGACAAAAGACGAUGUGAGAGAGCUGAUUUAUCGAGAGAUAUUAGAGUAUCAUCCGCAGAUGCUGCAGGAAUAUCUCCGUGGUGGGGAUCAGGCCAGCUUCAUGUACCCAAGUGGUGUUGAUCGAUUCAAGCGACAAUUUGCACAUUUGGAGGAACAUUAUGGUAAAGGUGAAAGAAGUACUCCACUUCAAAGACAGCAUGCUUCUUUGCCUAGAGAGCGAGUUCCUGCUCCCAAGGAUGAGAAUAUUGCCCAAAGUGAGAGGACUGCAGCUUCUGUUUCAGCUUCUCGGCUCUCAGAUGGUUCAGAAAACACAAACCAAGAAGGACAAAAUGGCCAUAGCAAACCAAACUAUAGUGCUCGUAGCCUAUUGAAGAGUGCUAGCAUAAGUGCCUCCAAGUGUGUUAUUGUGAAAGAAAGAAAAGAUUCAGAGGAGAACACAAUUGCUGAAGCCAACGAUGAGACCGUCGAUGCCUUGUCCCAGAAGGUUGCAGCUCUUAAUGCUUGAUUGAAGCUUCCGAUUGGCUUGGCUUUUGAAGGAUUUAGUUGGGUUGGUGCCUUACCCAUUUUUUCCCCUGAUUAUUGGGAAGAUGGCGUUUCAUAGUGAUUUGCACAACGGUUUUGUUUUUUUUUUUGGACAGAAGCUAACAAUACUGUUAUAGGGGGUAUCGCUGUGUUAACACAGUACAGAGACGUCUUCGCCUGUCAUGUAACUCUGUUUGCAUUUGAAGAAGCAAGAGGUGGAUUUUUUCUAUUGUGAACUUUAGAAGGCCAUGGUAGGGACUAGGGAGUAAGAGUUUUGAGUUUAAAGAAAGAGAAAAUAUUGUAUACUGUUUGCGAUUCAAAUGAUAGUCGUGCUAUGUUGCUGAGGUCUAGUGAAAAUGGUUGCAUUCAUACUCAGCGGCCCGAUUUGUGAAGAAAAGAAAGGCAAACGGGGUGUCAA